AUGCCCGUGCGAUUCGACGGCCAAGUGGCAAUCGUCACCGGGGCGGGCGGAGGCUUGGGUCGCGAAUACGCUCUUCUCCUGGCGGCUCGUGGAGCAAAAGUUCUCGUCAACGAUGUCGGGGUUGCCCUCUCUGGCGCCGCGAGCGAGUCUGCGAAGACAGACCAAGUUGUCGCGGAUAUUCGCGCGCGCGGAGGCGAGGCGGCGGCGGACUACAACUCUGUUUUGGACGGCCAAAAGAUCAUCGACCACGCUUUGUCGCUCUUUGGCCGAGUGGAUAUUCUCAUCAACAACGCGGGUGUUUUGCGCGAUGCUUCCUUCAUGAAAAUGACUCAUCAAGACUGGAAUCUCGUCCUCGAUGUCCACGUCAGAGGCGCGUAUGCGUGCACUAAGGCCGCGUGGCCUGUCAUGCAGAAACAAAACUACGGCCGAAUCAUCAUGACAGCCAGCGCCGCAGGACUAUACGGAAAUUUCGGACAAGCCAACUACUCGACAGCCAAGUCUGCUCUCGUGGGAUUUGCGAAGACGCUCGCGUUUGAGGGCGCGAAGAAGAACAUCCUCGUCAACUGUAUCGCCCCCCUUGCAGGCACACGCAUGACCGCCACGGUCCUCCCGCCUGAUCUCGUGGAAGCUAUGAAACCCGAGUUCGUCGCUCCACUGGUUGCAUUUCUCUGCAGCAAAGACUGCCGAGACUCUGGCCAGGUCCUCGAAGUCGGAGCGGGUUGGGUCGCGAGUGUGCGCUGGCAACGAAACAUCGGGCAUUCAUUCGCCACACCUCUCAGUCCAGAUGACAUCGCGCGAGAAUGGAGACACAUCCGGGACUUUUCCGGGGAAGUGGCGUAUCCAGCCUCUCUCCAGGACUCGAUGUUGAUGGUUAUGCAGCAGUUGCAACAGGGCACGAAACCAACAGACAAGCGCGCGGAGCAACGUGGUGCAUCAGACGCAAAGGAAGAAAAAAAAUCUGGGGCAAGUGCUCAAGAAGGCUCGGCAGCCAUAGGAAAAGCGGAAGUCAUUUUUAAGCUGAUGGACGCUUACAUCAGAAACGCACCUGACGCGCGACAGAAACUCCAGGAGAAAGUUGACAGCGUUUUUGGGUUUAAUGUGACAGACGGGAAGACGACUAAGUCGUGGUCCAUCAACCUCAAAAAGGGAAAUGCAGGCGGAGGCGUCGAGGACGGCUUGCACAGUUCGCCCGACGUGCUUUUCACGAUGGCCGCAGAGAAUUUCGUCUCCGUAUGUCUGGGAACGUUGAAUCCGCAAAUGGCUUUUGUUCAGGGGAAAAUGAAAAUCAAGGGCAGCAUGCAGAAGGCCACGAAAUUCACGCCGAGUCUGUUUCCGCCGAUUCCCAGGGAAGUCGUCGACAUGACGCCCGACUUGGCAGUCGAAACCUACCUGAAGGCGAACAAUUUUUCGUCUGUGCCCGCUCGCGCCUCAGCAAAUGAGCCACCAAAGAAAGAAGAAAAAGACGCGAAGCACGGAUCCGGAAAAGCACAAGUGCCGUCUCCGCGUGCGAAACAACUCAAAAGCAUGACUCUCUACGAAGUCAUGAAGAGGCACCUGGCGACGCCUGAAGGAGAAAAACUCGUGAAAAAGAUCAAAAGCGUCUAUCGACUGAAUAUUCUCCCGCGCAAGGGCGCGGACCCCGUGAAAGUUAUUUUGGAUCUGAAGAACAUGCCGCCGUCAAUUCGCGAAGAAGCCGAGCAGGAACAUGCAGCGUGCGACUGCACCAUCACUUUGUUGGACGAAGAUUUCGUGAAACUCGCCCUGGGGAAGAUGAAUCCGCAGCUUGCUUUUGUCCAGGGAAAGAUCAAGCUGAAGGGAUCGAUGCAGGCUGCCCUCAAGUUCACGCCAGACAUCUUCCCCAAAACCAGUCGACUAUAGAAAAAGUCUGGAAAAAAUGGCAUCCCAGACACAAGACUUUUGCCCGGAAGUGGAACAGGUCAGCAAGAAAUACACUUACGUAGAUUUUCACAACUCGGCAUGACCAGAAGCAUAGAGACAACAAAAGGCAUCAUGGUGUUAGGAGCCGGACUCAAGGCUUACACACUUCCCCCUGGGUGUCUUUGAAAGAGUAGCUUCAUAAAGGCUAUUUCAGUUUUUUCUCUGGUCCCUCGUGGUACGUGCCGCAUAAUUUCGUGGUGGUCCCGAACGUAAAGAAAAACAGACGAAGCCUUUUUCGGGGCAGGAUAGAGAUUAUGACUUCGACUACAGCUUCAGAUCUUGACAGUCUUUGUUUGCCGAAUCCACGUUCUAUUGCGGAAGGAAGAAAACAGGAAACGAAGACAGGGAAGAAGAACGAAAAAAAUAUGAGGAAACACAGAAGGAACGGCUUUGUUUAAGAGA